AACGUCGGUUCGGGAGCAUCCACUCGGCACUGCAACACCGUUUACGAGAAAGCAAUUAUUAAUUUACUCUUUGGAAGAAAGGCUGUGUCGUUGAGAACUUGUGAUGAUAUAUUCAGCUUUUACUUUAAAUUUUAUUUAUUAAUUUUGUUUCGAGAUAAGUACAUGUGCAGCUCCUAUAUGUUUGUUUCAUCUGUUUAGACGUAAAGUUUUUGUAAAAUAUUUACGAGUGUACAUGCGAGUGUAUCAAGUUCUCGAAAGCCGCGAGUUUUGCGGCAUCCGGCUGUUCUUUGAUACUUUGUCAAUACAGGUGUGAAAUGAUAUAGUUGAACAAUGUCUGACGACAAAAUGGGUUCAAACAAUGUGGAAGCAGAAUACAUGGACAUCGCAAACAGAAAUGCUUGGCCGAUAGUUUACCAGAAAAUUGGCCAAGAAUGCCAGUCCUACCCCUACACAUGCACAGAGGCUAAGAAACCCCAAAACAAGCCGCUGAACCGCUACAGAGAUGUUAAUCCCUAUGAUCACAGCCGUGUUAUAUUAAAGCGUAGUGAGAGAGACUAUAUCAAUGCCAAUCUUGUUAAAAUGGAGCGCGCAAAUCGUAAAUAUAUUCUCACACAAGGGCCACUCGCAUUCACUGUUGGACAUUUCUGGUUGAUGGUGUGGGAACAAAACAGCCGAGCAAUCUUAAUGCUCAAUAAAUUGAUUGAGAAAAAUGAGAUCAAAUGCCAUUGGUAUUGGCCCCAAGACAUUGGUUCCGAAAUGGUACUGAGCGAGGUUGAGCUAAUAGUUCAUCUUCUUAGUGAAGAAGAUUGCAAUUAUUACACAACAAGGAAAUUCAAAAUCUACGAUAUGGUGAGUCGCGAGGCGCGAGAGGUGUUGCAGUUUCAUUACACGACUUGGCCAGAUUUCGGGGUUCCAACCUCGCCGAAUGCGUUUCUAGCGUUCCUCAAGAAGGUUCGCACGUCGGGCGCGCUGGAGGCGGACGUGGGGCCCGCCAUCGUGCACUGCAGCGCCGGCAUCGGCCGCUCGGGGACCUUCUGCCUGGUGGACUCCUGCCUCGUCAUUAUCGAGAAAGAAGGUCUCGAAAGUGUCAACAUUCAGCAAAUCCUACUGGAAAUGCGUAAAGAUAGAAUGGGGCUGAUCCAAACACCGGACCAACUUCGUUUUUCAUAUCAAGCCAUUAUAGAAGGUGCCAAAAGAUUCAGUCCCGAUUAUAAAGAGGAGCCGAAAAUGGAAGAGAGUAUAUACUCGAGCGUUGCCGAGGAGGGCGAGGAGGAAGCCCCGCCGCCUCCACCGCCACGCGCCGAGAGCCUCACGCGGGCGCCCGCAAGACCUCUCCCCGCUAUACCGACCAGCACCUCACUUGACAUUGGUUGCUGCAAUCGAGGAGUAUCUCCCGAUUACGGUUUGUUGGACCAUGGGGAUCGUCAUCACCAUGUACAGUCUGUAAGUGUCCCCUGUCGGACAUAGGCCUCUCCUGUGGCUCUACUAAGCACGGUCUUUGGCUCGCUGUCAACAUUGUGACCCGCAACCCUGCGCAUGUCGGCUCUCCACCGAGUACCAGGGCGUCCUACGCUACGUGUACCAGGAUACACUUAUAAAUUCAAUUCAACAUCAUAAUCUCAAUGGAUUUUUGUUAAUUUGAACAAACAAAUCAUAAUUUUUAAUUAAAAUUAUAUGAUAUAUAUCUUUUAAAUAAAUAUAGUAAUAUAUUUUUUUUAUUUCUUCACACUACUUCACAUCUUUAGUUCGGCAUAAGUUCAACUAGAUACUUAUUUUAGAACUAGGAUCGAUACCCGACACACUACAUACAUAUUUAUUUAUCUUAUGCUUAUUUUUAUAUCUAUAUAUUUAUUAUUCUUGUUAUUGUUCUCAACAGUGAAUAUGUAUUUUUUUAUUUAUUACUACAUAAUAUAACCUUAACUUCAUCGUCCAACUACGAGAGCUUGCUACGUGUAUGAAGGCUGCAAACGACCAGGUAGUAUUAAAAACUUGCAGAAAGGAAGAACAGCGCUUCAAAGCAUCCUACAAUUCAUCAUCCGGAGUAGACAAGCACCGGCCUGUCGCCAUCUCAUGUAGAGUCAACGAACAGGAAAUACUUUAAUAUUUACUUUUUUUAUCAGUCGUUGCAUUCUACGAAUAAAUAAAUACAACACCGCAUUGGGCAAUAUUCGUCAGUCAACAUGCAGUCACCAUGUUGCUGUAAAAUAUUUAUAUGUUUGCUUCUUAUAGUAGAAAUAUUGCGUAGUAUCUCUUUGCCUCCCUUUGUAUGCAUAAUGCAUAUAUCUUUAAAAUGACUCAACUGAUUUUGAUGCUGUAUUUGUAAUAGAUAGAGUGGUUCAAGUAGUCUAAGAUCCUAAUUAGAAUCGACCUUCACUCAUCUGUUCUGAGAUGAGACUUAUUUUUUAUCAAAUAUAAUAUAUGAACAAAUAUACCUG